UACAAAAAUACAACUUUUCGUUGCGUUUAUUUUUAGCGUUUUACGACUACAAUAUCAUUAUUUUUAUAAUCGUAUAGAAUUUAUGAAUCAAUUAAUUUUUAUGUGAUACUUAUUUUAUAAUAUAAACUAGUACUUAUACAACAAUUGCAAAAAUGAUUCAUACAACACAAGUCGGUGAAAUGACUAGUGAAUUGCAGAAUAUAGAUUUUAGUACAUUGACUCAUAAAGAUAUUCUCAGCGAUAAAAUAUUCAAGCGAAGACGUAGUGUCAUCAUAGCAACUUUAGCAAACAGCGUCGUCACCGCCGUCGAUGUCCAGAAGAUGAUGGAAGCCGGUCUGAAUGUAGCCCGGUUCAGGAUCUCUCACCAGUCCACCAAGGACAACAUGAAACUUCUGGGAAAAAUCAAAGCAGCCACUACCAACUGCUGCCAGAAAUAUGGCGUGUCGAACUGGCCUCUUGCGACGUGCAUUGACCUGAAGAAUCGCACAGUUAAGACUGGAAUUCUGGAACAGGACGUUCCAUACAUUGUACUAAAGAAAGAUUCGGUAGUCCAGCUCACAUGCGAUACAGCAUACAUCAACAAAUGUAACACUAGUAAAAUAUUCGUUGAUAAUCCUAACCUUGCUAGCGAAGUUCACGUUGGUAUGGAGAUAGCUAUAGACGGGGAUGAAAUCAGUCUUGUCUGUACUGAGAUUGUGAGCCCAAAGAGCAUCAAGACAUUGGUAAUGAAAACCGGUAAAUUGAGACACAUAUGCGGUGUUUGUUUCCGAGGUUUGAAAACGACGAGACCAUUCGUUACGAAAAGGGACUCAAAUGUGAUCAAAUUUGUCAUAGAAAAUCAGGUCGACGCAAUCAUUCUCAACCACGUAGAAGACAAAGAAGGAAUCAAAACAGUAAAGAAGUGUAUCAGCAAGAAAGUUCGGCGCCCCAUCAUGCUGUGCAGCAUUAGCACGGAAAAGGCUAUUGAUAACAUUGAUGAAAUAAUAAAAGAAUCCGAUGGAAUCAUACUAUUAAGAGAAUUUCUACCGUACGAAGUGAGCACUACAUAUAAACACAGAUUGAACACCAUACAGAAGUGGGUUAUAGGAAAAUGUCUACAGGCAGGAAAACCAAUAUACAUAUCUGGCGGUGUAAUGCAAAACGCCGUCCGCUAUGGAGUGAUCGCAAGCAACGAGGUCUCUGACGUCACCAACGCUAUCCUUGACGGUGUGUCGGGGUUCAUUCUGAAGGACUGCGAAAACAUUGACAACGCAAUAGAUGCGGUUAAACUGCUAGACGAUAUUUGCCGCACCGUGGAACCGUACACCUGUACCAAAAAUGGCUUUUGGAGACUUACUAACCAGUACUUGAUGCCGGUGAACGCAGCGGAGGCGAGCGUCAUGGCAUGCAUAGCGCUAGCCAACCAAGCCAAUGCUCAGGUCAUCAUUCUACCGACGGUGACGGGCCGCACAGCUAAAGCUCUCAUACAGGUAAGACCAUGCUGUCUGGUGCUAGCAGUGUGUACUAACGUGAGGGUCACCAGGAUGCUUCAGUUAUACAAGAGCAUGGUGCCUCUGUUGUACUCGGGAGAACCUUCGAAACGAUUUUACCUCACGCUGACAGCGCGCAUCAACUUCGCCGUGGAAUACGCGGUGAAGGUGGACUGGCUUCACUACGGAGACACGUACGCGGUCCUCAAGCGGUCAACCGACGGCAGCUCCUACUGCGACAUGAUCAGCAUACUGACAGUCGGCAUUUCGAAUAAACCGAUGGUCGAAUGCGAGGAUGGUGAUGACAUGGGAGAAGCUCAGGACAUAAGCGACCAAAAACUGAAUGAGACUGAUACACAAUGAAACAUAUUAAAAUU